AUUCCCAAGGAGAUGGAGCUAUGGAGACUUCGAUCUGCGGCAGAAAAUAUUACGUAUCUAAGGCAACGGCUUCGAGGAACGAUGCAGCUUUGCGGUGCAAAUCGCUUAAAAUGGCCCUUCUGACCGUUACCUCCUUUGAGGAAAUGGACUGCCUGUCCAAAUUUAAAGCUGCAACAUAUUGGACAAGUGGCUCGAAAGAAGAACCAAUCUACAAAAUGGAAAGGUACAAGUGGUGUUCGACGGGGUUCGAGAUUUCUUCCAAUUUAAUCGGCUCAGAGAGAUUUUGGUCAACGCCCAACGCUACCUCUGACCUCGAGCGGUGUCUCGCGUUCAGCAAUUCUGACCAGAAAAAAGGAUUUUCGCACAAAAUGUGCACAGACCUGCUUCCCUACAUUUGCCAGUACACGGUCGACUGCCCCAAAACAUGCAACAAAAAUCUUAGUUGGUUUGAUAGCUAUCAGCAGUGUUGCGCACUUGGAAUGGAAACUCUGAAUUUGGGUAGCUUGUCAGAGCAAAAUAUGCUGACUGCUUUUUCCCUGACUUUUAAUAAAGACAACUGGACUGCGAAUUUCAACUACUGGACGUCAGGCACCCAGAAAGGAGCCCCAGUGGGGAAUUUUUCUUGGUGCGAUCCCGGAGGGCCGAAGCCUCUCGUCUCCUCUCUUAUUUGGCAGCGCGGCCAGCCGGACAACCAGGGCGGAAACGAAAGCUGCGUCCACUUCCGCUUCGUGCUGAACAACACGGGAACGAUUCUCUCCGACAGAAACUGCACCAACAAAUACAUUUACGCCUGCAAAGGUUCAUUGACGACAACUCCCAAGCCCUGCAAGGCCUCGUGUAUCGCUUCCGCCUGCACCAGAAAUGGAAAUUGGACGGAGGCACGAAGCACGUGUUGCUCGAUUGGCUUGACCGUGGCCACGCUUGAAACGUCUGGGAAGUCACAGUGCUUGUCCAAAGUUGUCGCUAAAAAUGAAGAUGCAGUUGGCGACUGGUGGUUGUCUGGAACCGAUUUGAACUGCGAAUCGAACUUCCAUUGGUGCUCGAAUGACCGCGGAUUCGUGAGUAGCGAAAUCGCGUGGAAGAGCGGCCACCCGAAGGCCGGCUUUGAUUGCGUAUAUUUAGAGGCGAGGAACGGAUCGAUGCUCUUGGCCACGGACAACUGCGACGAGAAAAAGAAAUUUCUGUGCGAAGUGAGGAAGAAAGGCACCUCUGGCAUCGCCAUGCAGAGGGAGUGUGCUGAAACCUGGGACAUAUCACCCGAGGAAAUUGAUCUACUGCUGAACGUGUUGGCUUUUUCGACGGCAAACAUCACACAGAAUUUAAAGUGCUUCCUGAAAUGCAUCGGUGUGGAAGUUGGAAUGAUCGGCUUUGGCGAUCUGAACGCAAUUGCAACCCUCCGAAAUAUUGAGUUGGUCUCAAUGGAAGACCCGGUAAAAAUGGAGAGAGGAUUUGUCGCCUACGACGAGUGCAGUGGAAAGAAAUCGGACGACGAAUGCGUGACGGCCUUUGAAACUUACAAGUGCGGCAUGGAUAAAGAGCCUGGCAUUGUGAACGAAAUCGUGAUGAACAAUGCUGGCAACAACACGGAGCUUGUCCCUCCAGUGCCGUGCAUUCCAAUUCCCCGCACUUGCUGGAUGGAAGAGACGCUUCCUUGCGUUGCAGACGAAACCCUGAUUGCGGAGUUUAAAAGCACUGGAUAUACCUCCAUUGGAAAGGCAACUGCAUUUGGUCCCAGCCUCAACCAAACAGCAUUUGUCUCGAAUGCUAGCUCAAAUAUUGGAUAUAAUGUUGCUUUUGCGUACACAUACUGUUGUUCACUGAAUAUGAAAUUACUGGAGCCCGAGACUUUCAAUGAUUGGUACAUACCCUUCAGAGCAUAUGCGGGAAAUGGCUACUUGUACAGUCCAGUGGCUGGGACGCGGUCCAUCAGUCCCUAUCGGGAUGUUUGGUGCAGCAACGGCAAGCCGGUGAAUGGAAUUCUCUUCGAGGACCGAUGGAAAUACGACAAUAUCAAAAUCUUCUGUCAGAGCACAUUCAUCGUGUACCCUUUAAUUGCAGAUGAAAUGUGGGUGGUUUCCGUUCCAGGAGCCGAUGUUCCGAAUGGAAUGAUCAAGCAAAUGAGCAAUGCCAGCGCCACUUAUAACGUAGCAAAUGAACCUGGCAAAAUCGUUGGAUUAUUUUUUUGCGUGCCAAAAUGAGCACGGACAAAAAAGCUGUUGGUAAUUCGAUUAUUGCUAUGAAGUUUGUUGGAUGCCAAUACGGAAACUGCUUUUAAAGUGGAAUGAUACUGGGCAACAAUUGAAAAUUAUUUGAAUUGUUGGAUGCCAUAAACAAUUGAUCGAUAAACAAUUUGUUCAACAGUUUGCAAUAAUA